AUGGAAGCAAGAUUGGAAUUUUUAGAAAGGGCAUACGAAGGUUUUGUCGCAAUCAAAGAAGAAAUUCAUGAGAUGCGCAAUCUGAUGGAAAGUGAAAAAUAUGAAUCACAGCGCCAAAUUGACCAACUGCUCGAAACUGUCCGCGGUCUCACUACCCAAAAUGACAACAUAGGCUAUGUUACCCAAAGUAGUCAAUUCUGGAUUGUGGAGCGGAGUGGCCGACCCCAAAAAUGGAAUAGCGGGACAGUGUUUAGCGGGAUGACUGCUAUUUGA